AUGUUACGUUCUCAGUUAUUAAAAUUUUCCAAAAGAUUCAUGGCAACUGCCACUCAAGAUUCUAAAAAGGAAUUAGAAGAAAUCACUAAAUCAUGGGCUUCAAAUUCAAAAUCAGAUUCAUUUAAAAUUAAAUAUCAACAAUCAAGAAGAGCUGUAUUAAAUGGUGUUGGUCCUUAUGGUCCACCAUCUUUAAGAUCUAGAAGAGCUAAACUUCAAUAUAUGUCACCUUUAGGUCUUGAUGAAGCUUUUGAUUCUGCUUAUGAAAUUUUAAAAACAAAAUCUAAUGAAACUUAUAAAGAAAUUGAAGAAUUAGAUACCAAGAUUUCCCAAACCAAAAAUGUUAAUGAAUUGGAAGAAUUAAAUAAUUUGAAAAAUUCAAAAUUAGUUCAAGCUGAAAUAGAUAAUCCAGAAGUUCGUUUCAAUUUCACAUAUCAUGAUAAAAUUAAUAAUGAUUCAUCAAUUAUAGAUUAUAAUGAACCAGUUUAUAGAGAAUUGAAAAAAAAACAUUGGGAAGAUUAUAGUCAAAUGUUAUUAAUGCAAAGAUUAGAACAAUUAGGUGCAAUCCCAGAUACUUUACCAACUUUGAACCCAAGAGCCGAAAUCCUUGUGAAAUUUUUAAAUCAUACAACAAUUAAUAGAUGGAUUGAACCUGGUAAAUUAUUACCAACAAAUGCAACAAGUUACCCACCAUCUUUUAAAAUUCAAGAAUAUGAAAAUGUUGAUCCAAAAAAACAAUUAUAUACAGUGCUUGUGGUUAAUCCAGAUGUUCCAGAUUUAGAAAAUGAUUCUUUCAAGACUUAUUUACAUUGGGGUCUUUCAAAUAUUAAAUUAUCAAAUUUUAAUGAAAAUUUUAUAGGACCAAAACAAAUUUUAGAAAACAAGGAAAUUAAUGAAAUUAUUGAUUAUUUACCACCAGUUCCUGAGAAAAACAUUCCAACUCAAAGAUUUAUUACAUGGGUUUUCAGACAACCUGAAUCAAUUUCAAUAAAUUUGAAAAACAGAGAUUUUGAUAUUAGAUCAUUUGUUGAAGAUCAUGGAUUAGAUGCUAUUGGUGGUCAUAUUUGGAGAAGUGAAUGGGAUUCAAGUGUUGCUAAAGUUAGAGAAUUAUAUGGUUUACCAAAAGGUACUGUUUAUCAUAGAGUUCGUAAAUAG